AUGCCUUUCCCAGUGUUUGCUAAUUCGAUGACCGAAUAUGUGUUCAAUGCAAUUGCAGCAGAUUGCAUUAAAAGAUAUUAUGAAAUGAGAGGUCGAAAGGUGUUAUUAAGCGUAGGAACUGCCGAGUACGGGCACAGGGCGCAACAAGCAAUAGCAGAAAGUGGAUUAACCGCCCAAGAGUUUUGUGAGAAAAAGUCGAAUGAAUAUAAGGAGGUUUUAAAGGCGAUCGACAUAGCACACACGGACUUCCUUCGCACCACAGAACCCAGACAUGAAAAGGCCGUGACACAUCUUUGGGUUUCCAACGUAAAUAAUGAUACUCCAAAACCACUCAGUUGGGCCGAGGAGGAGCAUUAUAAUUUCAAACUUCCGAGAAUGCACUACAAGUUAAAAAAAUGGUUAGAUUCCAAUAAAUAUCUGGACUGGGGAAUCCUUGUGCCCAAUGACCCGGAACACACCAUAGAUCCAACUUUCGAGGUGUAUGUUAAUUAUUUAACCGCAGCCGGUUAUCCCUGGUCAAGUGAAUCGGAUAGAAGAAGUCAUUUGCCUAUCGACAUUAAUGUAUGCAAUAUACGCUCGAUAAAGACUCAUGCGGAGACAGGUCCCGCCCUACUAUUGGCAGCAGACGUGAUGCCCGUCAAGAAGAUAUUUGCAAAUUCCUUUAAAACCCACCUUUUUCAUGCAGAUACGAUGAAUGUCAUACGCCUAUACGGAUCAGAUGCCUGUCGAUAUGUUUAUAUGGCUUACGGCAACGACCCAAAGCCGCAAGAAUUCACAUUAGAGGGCAUCAAUAUUCGGUAUCACAAGGAUUUGGUCAAUCAACUCGGAAGGUUGAUCAAUGAUUGCUUGAAACCCAAAUUUACCUCUUCACCGUGGAUACCUAGAUACCCAGAAUAUAAGAACGGUCAAAUAGCCGAUGAAGAUCCGAUAAUGCCUGAAAAAUCCAAGAAAUUAUUGAAAAUUCUCGGAGUGUGGGGUAACGAGCAAAGUUGGGAUGACGCGAAAUUUGGAGCGGGAUGGACAUACGCAAAUGGAAAAGGGAGAAAGUGGGCCAAUUAUUUAUACCAAGAGCUGUAUCCAUGUGUUAACGUUGGCUUAGGCGGGUCUGGGAUGAGAAGGCCGGCUGUCGAAGAGAGAUUGAAACUGGUGAAAGGAAAAAAAGUUAUCUUCGGAGGUAUAAAGGCAAAGGGUGAAGACGAUGUCCGGAAUGAAACCUUUAGUGUCACCGGGGAAGAGGAUAAAAUUGGUCGAAAUGAAACGCCCGAUUUUAUCAACCCUGGUCAAAGUCAAAGGUAUAAAGGUAAUCCUAGAAAUUCCACAUCUCUCGCCCUUUCAAUGCGUAAGUUGCGUAAAGAGGAUAUAAAAAGGGAUAUUAGUAGAAUCCUCAAAGUAAAUAGUACGCCCGAUGUUUUAGACGGACAUCCGGAUUCAACAACACGUCAUAAAGUGAAUGAUAAAUCUUGA